AUGCCCGUCAAAAGGCAAGACACAGAAGCUGCUCUGCGCCUGAUGGAGGAAACCCUCUUCCUGGACCAGAAUUUCCGGCACAAGGCAGAGAAGCUGCUUGGGAUCUUCCAGAGUGAACUCUUCCAGGCACUUUUGGACAUCCAGGAGUUCUAUGAAGCGACAGUUACGGACGCCCCACCCGUCACCACGUCUUCGCGGAGGGCUCGGCCUAAGAAAUAUCGUUACCAAGAUGAAGACAGCCCCCCGCUGGAGCACAGCCCCGCCCACCUCCCCAACCAGGUAAAGGCCCCCGAGCUGGUCCACGUGGCGGAGAAGAACCUGUCCCAGAUCGAGAGUGUCCACGGCUACGUGUCCCACUCGCACAUCUCCCCCAUGAAGGCCAAUUCUCCACCAGUGAUAGUCAACACAGAUACCUUAGAAGCACCCGCUUACGUGAGUGACUCGGAAAUUCAGUCCCCACCGUCCUAUCCGUGCCCUUCGCUGUCUUUCCUUCCUCCAAAGGUCAAUGGAACAGAAGGCGAAAUGGAGUACGAGGAGAUCACACUAGAAAGGGGCAACUCCGGCUUGGGUUUCAGCAUCGCCGGAGGCACCGACAACCCCCACGUCGGGGACGACCCCAGCAUCUUCAUCACCAAGAUCAUCCCCGGCGGGGCAGCGGCACAAGACGGGCGACUGAGGGUCAACGACAGCAUCCUUUUCGUGAACGACGUGGACGUGCGGGAGGUGACCCACAGCACCGCCGUCGAGGCACUGAAGGAGGCCGGCUCGAUCGUGCGCCUCUACGUCAUGCGCCGGAAGCCGCUGGCUGAGAAGAUGAUAGAGAUCAAGCUGAUCAAAGGGCCGAAAGGCCUCGGCUUCAGCAUCGCAGGCGGGGUCGGAAACCAGCACAUCCCCGGCGACAACAGCAUCUACGUCACCAAAAUCAUCGAGGGCGGGGCGGCCCACAAGGACGGGCGCUUGCAGAUCGGGGACAAGAUCUUGGCGGUAAAUAAUGUGAGCUUGGAAGACGUGAUGCAUGAAGAUGCCGUGGCUGCCCUGAAGAACACGUACGACGUGGUCUACCUGAAGGUCGCCAAGCCCACCAACGUUUAUCUGAACGACUCUUACGCCCCACCUGACAUCACUUCCUCCUAUUCCCAGCAUCUGGACAAUGAAAUUGGCCACCAGAGUUACCUGGGCAGUGACUAUCCGCAAGCCAUGACCCCCACCUCCCCACGGAGGUACUCCCCCAUCCCGAAGGAGCUGAUGGGAGAGGAGGAUAUACCCAGGGAACCCCGUCGCAUCGUCAUUCACCGUGGCUCAACGGGGUUGGGCUUCAACAUCGUGGGGGGCGAGGACGGCGAGGGGAUCUUCAUCUCCUUCAUCUUGGCCGGGGGACCCGCCGACCUCAGCGGGGAGCUGCGGAAAGGGGACCAGAUCCUCUCGGUCAACGGUGUGGAUCUCAGGAACGCUACUCACGAGCAGGCGGCCAUCGCUCUGAAGAACGCUGGCCAGACUGUCACCAUCAUUGCUCAGUACAAACCGGACGAAUCAAAGAGGGCUCAAAGGAAACAUAACCUAAGAGAAGCCCCGCUGAACUCCAGCUUGAAAAGGAAGGCUUUCUCAUUGGCCGGACUCUCGGGGUUCACUGUCUGUCCCUCCUCUCCCCACAGGGCGCUCUUCGACUACGACAAGACCAAGGACUGUGGCUUCCUCAGCCAGGCCCUGAGCUUCCAUUUUGGCGAUGUCUUGCAUGUGAUCGACGCCUCGGAUGAGGAGUGGUGGCAGGCGCGACUGGUCCAUCCGGACGGGGACAGCGACGAGAUCGGCUUCAUCCCCAGCAAGAGACGGGUUGAACGACGAGAAUGGACACGGCUAAAAGCAAAGGAUCGGGUGCCGGGAUCGGCCUCUCAAGGUCGAGAAGAUGCAGUCUUGAGCUACGAGACUGUCGUGCAAAUGGAAGUGCAUUACGCCCGCCCCAUCAUUAUCUUGGGCCCCACCAAGGACCGAGUGAAUGAUGACCUCCUGUCUGAGUUCCCGGACAAGUUUGGCUCCUGUGUCCCACACACCACACGGCCCAAACGAGAAUACGAGGUCGACGGCCGGGACUACCAUUUUGUGGCCUCGCGGGAGAAGAUGGAGAAGGACAUCCAAAGCCACAAGUUUAUCGAGGCGGGCCAGUACAACAGCCACCUGUACGGGACCAGCGUCCAGUCAGUGCGCGAGGUGGCUGAGCAGGGCAAACACUGCAUCUUGGACGUGUCGGCCAACGCCGUCCGGCGGCUUCAGGCAGCGCAGCUUCACCCCAUUGCCAUCUUCAUCCGGCCCCGAUCCCUUGAGAAUGUUCUAGAAAUAAACAAGCGGAUAACGGAGGAGCAGGCACGGAAGGCCUUUGACAGAGCUACAAAGCUGGAGCAGGAAUUCACAGAGUGCUUCUCAGCCAUCGUAGAAGGAGACAGCUUCGAGGAGAUCUAUCACAAGAUCAAAAGAAUCAUCGAGGAGCUCUCCGGCCCUUACAUCUGGAUCCCUGCUCGCGAGAGACUUUAAAGAGCUACAAACUGAUUUUUCCGGAAGGGAUCGCGAAAAAGGAACGAACCACCAACUCGAUGAUAGAGCAGUCUCUGGAGAGC